AUGUUCAGCAGUCGCUCUGAAUACGACCGAGGUGUCAACACCUUCUCUCCUGAAGGGCGUCUCUUCCAGGUCGAGUAUGCCAUCGAGGCUAUCAAGCUCGGCUCGACAACCGUCGGCAUCCAGACCUCGGAAGGCGUCGUCCUCGCAGUGGAGAAGCGCACGCAGUCGCCCCUGCUCGAAUCGGACUCGGUGGAGAAGAUCAUGGAGAUUGACCGACACAUCGGAUGCGCGAUGAGUGGGCUGACGGCGGACGCGCGGACGAUGGUUGAGCAUGCGCGAGUUACUGCUCAGAACCAUGUCUUCACCUACGACGAGCCGAUCAAGGUCGAGUCGGUGACACAGUCGGUCUCGGACCUUGCGUUGCGGUUCGGCGAGGGUGCGAACGAGGAGGAUGCGAGCAUGUCACGACCAUUCGGCGUCGCCUUGCUCAUCGCAGGAAUCGACCACCACGGACCUCAACUCUUCCAUGCCGACCCCUCAGGAACGUUCAUGCGGUACCAUGCGAAGGCGAUCGGCUCGGGCAGUGAGGGAGCGCAGAGCGAGCUGCAAGAUUCGUACGACAAGUCGAUGACGCUUGCGCAGGCCAAGGUUCUCGCGCUCAAGGUGUUGAAGCAGGUCAUGGAGGAGAAGCUGGACCACAACAACGUUCAGCUCGCGCAGGUCGUGCCGGAGCAGGGAUACUCGAUUCUCAAGCCGGACCAGUUGCACGAGAUCAUUGCGCAGAUCGAAGCGUAG